AUGAGCGCCAAAGACGAAUUCAAAGACAUGACAUGUCUUUUAGGCAGUGUACUCCAAAAGGCGAAAGAAAACACUUUGCUGGAAGGGAUACUUGAAUCGACAGUCAAGCGCGUACACAUUGAGUUUUCCGAGAGUGAAAACCAAAUCAAGCCUCAUGUUGUCUUGCGGCUUAUACUCAACGAAGGGGUCAUGGCUUUGCAGGACAAGGGCCGCUGGCAAUCUGCCGGGAGCUGCAUGUUCGAUGCAAACAACCGACAGCAAGUUGAAGGCGCUGAUUCGGGAGUUGUUUUUCGGGUUCACAAGGUCUUCGAGGGGCAGACGUGGCAGAUUCACAGGGACAGCACGAUCGCCUUCAUUUACGACGUGGAUCCUGUCCAUACGGUCAAGGACUUCGUCAAUGUUAUACUUGGCAAAUACAAGGGCCUUUCGGAUGGACACAAGUCGAACCUGUCCUGGUUUAUGCUUACCAGUGUGGAUGAGCACACCCUAGAUGGAUGCCGCGAUGUCGUGACUCAAUGGGUCAUCAGACUUCAUAGAAUGGGAUUCAUGAAUUGGAUCGCUGAUCGUGUCAUGCUAGACGACAAGGAACAGUGCACAGUCUUCCCGCUAGAGUUCGACCAGUUCAUUGCAAGGAGAUUCAAGGACAGCCGGACCGGUUUGCAAAAGCUCAAGUCUACUGCCAAGGUCAAAAUGACUGCCGAUAAAAUCCCCAUGCGCUUCGGGCGUUUCCAAGACACGGCAGUCGCUCGCAUCAUCAAGUACGGCGAGUUUGAGCUUCCUUACAGUUACCCACCUGCAACGAGAACGGAAAAGCGGGAAGAUUGUACCAUAAUUCCUAGUCCGAGCUCCGCAAUGGGAUGA